UAGAAGGAAAAAGACCUCUUCCUGUCCCCUCCCUUCUCCUUAAAAUGAAAAAAAAACGGCCUAGAGAGACGCAAGAAGAAGGUUCACAAGCCUUCUUUUAUCUCCCUUCGCUUCUUCUCUGUCUCUGUCUCUGUCUCUCUCUCAUUGGUAAGUUGUUGUAUUUCCAUUGAGAGGAGGAGGAGGAGGAGGAAGAGGAGAAGGUGGUGAUGGGGAGGCUGACGGUGGGGAUGCUAAGCCUAGCAGAGCUAUUCGUAAGCGCGACCGUGCAUCUGCUAUUCGGAUUCUACAUAUUUAGCUCUGCGGUGGCGUCGGACCUCUCGCAGGCCGUGACGGAUUGCUUCAAGCCUAACACGUUUAAUUUGGUGGCGAAGAAGGAGGAGGGGGAGAGAGAAGGAAAGGUGGCGGUGUUGAAAGGCUCGCCGCCGCCUAUCGUGUUGGUGCAUGGAAUUUUUGGCUUUGGCAAAGGGAGGCUUGGAGGGUUGUCAUAUUUUGCCGGGGCCGAGAAGAAGGACGAGCGUGUUUUGGUUCCUGAUUUAGGAUCCUUAACCAGCAUACAUGAUAGGGCGCGCGAAUUGUUCUACUAUUUGAAGGGAGGGCAGGUGGACUAUGGAGAGGAGCACAGCAGGAUAUAUGGGCAUUCACAGUUUGGGAAGAAUUAUGGGCAAGGACACUAUCCAGAGUGGGAUGAACACCAUCCAAUUCAUUUUGUUGGUCACUCGGCAGGCGUGCAAGUCGUUCGGGUGUUGCAGCAGAUGCUUGCUGACAAGGCCUUCAGUGGCUAUGAGAAUAUUUCUGAGGACUGGGUAUUGAGCAUCACUUCCUUAUCUGGUGCACUAAAUGGAACCACUAGGACCUAUUAUGAUGGAAUGCAGCCAGAAGAUGGAAGGUCAAUGAAGUCCAUAUCCCUGCUGCAGCUUUGUCGAUUAGGAGUCAUAUUUUAUGACUGGCUUAACAUUUCAUGGCUUAAGAACUACUACAAUUUUGGGUUCGAUCACUUCGAGAUGGGAUGGAGAAAGACUGGUAUUGCUGGUCUCAUUGAUUUACUCUUGGGGAAUACUGGACCUUUUGCUUCAGGGGAUUGGAUCCUACCUGACCUCACAAUUCAAGGUUCCAUGAAGCUAAAUUCUAGUCUCCAAACAUUCCCCAACACAUUCUACUUUAGCUAUGCAACCAAAAGAACAAGAAAAUUCAUGGGACUUACACUUCCCUCUAGUGUGCUGGGUAUCCACCCAAUGCUCUUCAUUAGAGUCUUGCAAAUGACCCAAUGGCGCCACCCUUCCAAUGUGCCUCCACCUUAUAAAGGAUACAGGGAUGAAGACUGGGAAGACAAUGAUGGAGCACUCAACACCAUAUCCAUGACGCACCCUCGCCUACCCAUCGAGCACCCGAGCCAUUUUGUUAUGGAUGACUCAGAAUGCCAGCCUUUGCAACCAGGAAUCUGGUACUACAAGAUCAUAGAAGCUGAUCACAUUCUUUUUAUUGUGAAUCGAGAAAGAGCAGGAGUACAGUUCGACCUUUUAUAUGAUGGCAUCUUCCAGCGCUGCAGAAAGCAUGCAUUUAGGACCAGUCCACCAAUACUACCAAAUGAAAGCUGUCAGUAGCCCCAUGACUUCCAAUCACUUUCACAAAAUAUCAGGAAGUAAGAGAAAGAAGUCACCCAAUAGGUGUUCUUAAUUUUUCCAUCCCAGGUCUGUGUAAAUUAAUUUGUUCACCAGUACCAAAUUAAUCUGAGCUUACAAAAGAGCCAGAAUGUCCAUGAACCACAAAAAAAAAACAUAUGUUAUCAUCAAGGUCGAUUUCUGAUUGUUAUUUUCCCCCCUUUUUUAGGCUUCUUGUGAGUAGAAUUUGAAGAUCCUUGUACAUAAUUUUUGAUUCAUCAUAGAAUACCAAAUUGAUUACAA